AUGAAGGUACUCGUCGGUUUUGUCGCGGCGCUAGCCAGUGUCGUCGGUAUUGUUAGCGCUGCCCCGGCGGAGGCCAUUGUCAACCCCAAUGUUGAGGCUCCUGAAACUCAUCGCCCACCAUACUCGCCCACGCCGACCAUCAGCUCCUUAAGCUCUUCGACGACAACGUCAUUCAUCAUCAGCAUCACUACACUCCCUAGCCAGCCUACCACGAUUGCCCCCGCCGUUUGCCCGACGGUAACACACACGACCCGACCCAGCAACUGUGAUCCGAUGCUGUGCCCAGUACCCGGCUGCACGUUCCAAAAAGAGCUGCUCGUCCCAUGCGGCUGUGCUGGAGUCAAGACCGCUCUCUUUGUUGACGGCUGUCAGACUGCUUGCCCCGAAGGCUGCAUGACUCGGAUGAGGACAGUCACGGCUGCCUGUGCUACUCAAACUCCGGCGCCUUAG